AUGGGAGGUGCGUUGUGGGGCUCUGUGGUGGCGGAGGAAGCCCAAGGUUGGCGUUUGGACACUGGACAUGUGGCCAAGAAGGCUUCGGAGAACGUGCAGUGGCGCUGGGAUGAUGUCUAUACCAUCGAGCUGGAGCUGGAAGGCCUCAGCGACCUGCCGCCGCCAGAGGACACCGCCGAGGACACUUGGGAGAGCCUCCCACAGGCGGUGCUGCUCCACAUCUUCCAGUGGCUUUCCCUGCGCUCAGCGCUGAGGGCCUCUGCUGGCACCCGCCGCUGGGCCGCAGGUGCCAAAGCUGCCCUGCCGGUGGAACUGCCCCCACCGCAGGUGGAUGCUUUGCUGGAGUUCUGUCUGCUUCAGGUCUUGCAAGCUUUUGAUGAGACCCGCUUGCCACUUCCCAUGACCGCUGUGUACGCCGAGAUGCGCGCGGCAGGACGAAAGGCCUUGUCCAGUGCCUGGGCGACGGCUCGGAUGGAGUCAACGGUGCUGCAGGCGGUGGGACGGAGCUCAUGGUCUGCACAGCAGGAGCUGCUGGCCGGCUUGGCUGAAGGCCGGAACCACCGUCACCACAUUUCCUGGAUGCCAGAUGUCAAGACCUCGGGCCAUCGGAGUUUGGAACGGAUGGCUCGGCACUUCCACAACCUCACUUUGGUUGAGGUCACCAAGCAACGCUGGCACAAGCGGAUCCACCACAGCCCGAACACGCGUACCUGCGUUGAACUUCUCUUGACUGGGGUCAAUCGCUCUCAUCCGCUCUUCCUCGAGCAUGAGGCCUGGGCCCUCGGGAAGCAGAACUGCAUGCCGUGCCCGUUGUCGGCAGAUGCAGUGAAUGCGGUCGAUGUUUGA